UAGAAAAAGAGCAAGGUAUGGCACCCUUAUUCGUGCGGCCUUUAAAGAUAGAAUUUAGUGAGGAGGAAAACAAAGCUACAGUAACAUGUAAAGUGAAUGGAUUGCCAAAACCAAAAGUUGUAUGGUACAAAGGAACAGAGGAAGUUCGUCCAUCUGAAUCCUUAAAUAUAGUAUAUGACGAAGAAAGUGGUGAAGUUGUUUUAGAACUAUAUAAUCCAACACCGAAUGAAGCUUUAGUUUAUUCAAUUCAAGUAGAAAAUAAGUACGGUAGAGCCAUUGGUAACGCAAACAUUUUGAAAUGUAUUGACAAAAAAUUAGAAAAGAAGGAAGUUUUUGUUGCUCCAACUGUGUCUUCAAUAGAAGCACAAAAGGUACGUACGGGAUCUACAUUAGUUUAUCAGUCUCAUUAUAAGGGUUUCCCUGUUCCUACUGUUAUAUGGACAAGGAAUGGAAAACCAAUUAUCGAAAAUCAAGACAUAAAAGUUGUCAACAAAGAUGGUGUAAGUACUUUGACCGUUGAAAAUAUGACUCGUAAAAGAGCUGGUAAAUAUGAAAUUUGCGUUAAAAAUGAUGUUGGCGAAGCAAAAUCUGCUGCAACAGUUGUCAUAUCUGACUUACCACAAACAGGCGAAGAAGGAAUAAUGCCACCAAGAUUUGUUAAACCCUUACAACCAAAGUUUGUUGCUGAAAAUGAAGUUGCAUUGAUUGAAGCAAUUGUAGAUGCACAGCCUCCAGCUUCAUUCCAAUGGUUCUUUGAAAAUGAAGCAGUUCGUCAUACACCAGAAACAAAGAUAAUAUCAAAAGAAAAUAAAUCAAUUUUAAUAAUACAAUCUUUUCAACCACAACAAGCUGGAUUAUAUACAUGUCGCGCUGAAAAUGUUUGCGGUUCUGUAAUGUCGACAGCUACAGUUAAUGUACUUGAAGAAACUGUCAUGGAAGAGGUCGCCGAAUAUAUAUCACCACGAUUCAGCAAAACAUUAGAACCAAUUCACGCUAUGGAUGGAGAAUUAAUGCAAUUAACAUGUAAAGUAACUGGUAUGCCAACUCCCAAAGUUGCAUGGUAUCAUGAUGGCGAACCAGUUAAAGAGACAAAAGAAACCACAAUUUCUCAAGAUGAUGACGGCUAUUGUGUAUUAACAAUAACUGAAGUAUUUCCAGAAGAUGCAGGUGAAUACGUUUGUAUCGCCCAAAACAAAAUUGGCAAAGCCGAAACUAAAGCAACAGUUAACAUUCAAGCAUUUGAAUAUAUCCCCGAUUCUGAAAUGACUGGUAUGACUGUAUCAGAGGAGGAUCUUCUAGACAAAACACUGUCAUUAGACGAAGAACGUCCAAAAUUAGUCAAAAAAUUACCAAAGAAAACUGUCGUACGACAUAAUGAACCAACGAAACUCGAAGUACAAGUGGUGGGAAAACCAACACCAAUUGUUAAAUGGUUCCAUAAUAACGAAGAAAUCUUAGAGCGUCAAGAGUGUACUAAAUAUAUAACUAAAACAGGCGUUUCAACAUUAAUUAUAAGCGAUAUUAGAAAUUAUAUUAAUAGUGUAAUUACAUUUGAAGCAUUUAAUCCAUUAGGAGUUGUUAAAUCAACUACUGAAAUUAUUGCAACUGAUGAAGAUGCAUCUUCACCGACACAGAAACCACACAUAUCACACACAGAAACAACACAAACAAAGAGCAAACAUGAUAAACAAAAGCUACCACGCAAAACCGACAGGGAUAUACCACAUGACGAACAGGAAUCAUAUAUAGAAGAACUUCCUGAACACAUUCAAAUAAUAGAAAAAGUAACAGAUGAUGGAAAAUUGAAGAAAACAAAAAUAAAAACUCGCGUCAUUAAAAAAAUAAAGAAAGAUAAGCAGGAAGUUAUGAAAAUACAAGUUGUAGAAGAAGAAGGCAAAACUCCUAUUACCACAGUAGAAACAGAGGAAGUUCCUUUAGAAGAAAAGCCAGAAUUAAUCGAAGAACUUCCGGAAGAUAUACAAGUAAUAGAAACGCAAACGGAUGACGGGAAGCUCAAAACAACUAAAGUCAAGACUCGUGUUAUAAAAAAAAUGAAGAAAGAUAAAGAAGAAGUGACUAAAAUUAAAGUAGUUGAAGAAGACGGAAAAGCUCCAAUUACAACGGUAGAAAUCGAAGAAGUUCCAUUAGAAGAAAAGCCAGAAUCAAUAGAGGAACUACCGGAGGACGUAAAAAUUAUCGAAACAAUAACAGAAGAUGGCAAACCAAAGAAAACAAAAGUCAAGACUCGUGUAAUUAAAAAAGUAAAGAAAGGAAAAGAAGAAGUGACUAAGAUUCAGGUUGUCGAAGAAGAAGGAAAAGCUCCAGUGACAACAGUAGAAACUCAAGUAGUUCCCGUAGAAGAGAAGCCAGAAUUGAUCGAAGAACUACCGGAGGACGUACAAAUAAUCGAAACAAUAACAGAAGACGGCAAACCAAAGAAAACAAAAGUCAAGACUCGUGUAAUUAAAAAAGUAAAGAAAGGUAAAGAAGAAGUGACGAAGAUUCAGGUGGUCGAAGAAGAAGGAAAACCUCCAGUGACAACUGUAGAAACUCAAGUAGUUCCCGUAGAAGAAAAGCCAGAAUUGAUCGAGGAACUACCAGAGGACGUACAAAUAAUCGAAACAAUAACAGAAGACGGCAAACUAAAGAAAACAAAAGUCAAGACUCGUGUAAUUAAAAAAGUAAAGAAAGGAAAAGAAGAAGUGACGAAGAUUCAGGUGGUCGAAGAAGAAGGAAAAGCUCCAGUGACAACAGUAGAAACUGAAGUAGUUCCCGUAGAAGAAAAGCCAGAAUUAAUCGAGGAACUACCAGAGGACGUACAAAUAAUCGAAACAAUAACAGAAGACGGAAAACCAAAGAAAACAAAAGUCAAGACUCGUGUAAUUAAAAAAGUAAAGAAAGGAAAAGAAGAAGUAACGAAGAUUCAAGUGGUUGAAGAAGAAGGAAAAGCUCCAGUGACAACAGUAGAAACUGAAGUAGUUCCCGUAGAAGAAAAGCCAGAACUGAUUGAAGAACUACCGGAGGACGUACAAAUAAUCGAAACAAUAACAGAAGACGGCAAACCAAAGAAAACAAAAGUCAAGACUCGUGUAAUUAAAAAAGUAAAGAAAGGUAAAGAAGAAGUGACGAAGAUUCAGGUGGUCGAAGAAGAAGGAAAACCUCCAGUGACAACUGUAGAAACUGAAGUAGUUCCCGUAGAAGAAAAGCCAGAAUUGAUCGAGGAACUACCGGAGGACGUUCAAAUAAUCGAAACAAUAACAGAAGACGGCAAACCAAAGAAAACAAAAGUCAAGACUCGUGUAAUUAAAAAAGUAAAGAAAGGAAAAGAAGAAGUGACUAAGAUUCAGGUGGUCGAAGAAGAAGGAAAAGCUCCAGUGACAACAGUAGAAACUGAAGUAGUUCCCGUAGAAGAAAAGCCAGAAUUGAUCGAGGAACUACCGGAGGACGUACAAAUAAUCGAAACAAUAACACAAGACGGCAAACCAAAGAAAACAAAAGUCAAGACGCGUGUAAUUAAAAAAGUAAAGAAAGGAAAAGAAGAAGUGACUAAGAUUCAAGUGGUCGAAGAAGAAGGAAAAGCUCCAGUGACAACAGUAGAAACUGAAGUAGUUCCCGUAGAAGAAAAGCCAGAAUUGAUCGAGGAACUACCGGAGGACGUACAAAUAAUCGAAACAAUAACAGAAGACGGCAAACCAAAGAAAACAAAAGUCAAGACGCGUGUAAUUAAAAAAGUAAAGAAAGGAAAAGAAGAAGUGACGAAGAUUCAGGUGGUCGAAGAAGAAGGAAAAGCUCCAGUGACAACAGUAGAAACUGAAGUAGUUCCCGUAGAAGAAAAGCCAGAAUUGAUCGAGGAACUACCAGAGGACGUACAAAUAAUCGAAACAAUUACAGAAGAUGGCAAACCAAAGAAAACAAAGGUGAAAACUCGUGUAAUCAAAAAGUUGAAGAAAGGAAAAGAAGAAGUAACAAAAAUUCAAGUAGUGGAGGAGGAAGGAAAAGCUCCAGUUACCACGGUAGAAACCAAAGAAGUUCCAAUAGAAGAAAAGCCAGAAUUAAUCGAGGAACUACCGGAAGACGUACAAAUAAUCGAAACAAUAACAGAAGAUGGCAAACCAAAGAAAACAAAGGUGAAGACUCGUGUUAUCAAAAAAGUAAAGAAAGGAAAAGAAGAAGUGACGAAAAUUCAAGUAGUCGAAGAAGAAGGAAAAGCUCCAGUGACAACAGUAGAAACUGAAGUAGUUCCCGUAGAAGAAAAGCCAGAAUUGAUCGAGGAGCUACCGGAAGACGUACAAAUAAUCGAAACAAUAACAGAAGACGGCAAACCAAAAAAAACAAAAGUAAAGACUCGUGUUAUCAAAAAAAUAAAGAAAGGAAAAGAAGAAAUAACAAAGAUUCAAGUAGUUGAAGAAGAAGGAAAAGCUCCAGUGACAACAGUAAAAACCGAAGAAGUUCCAUUAGGAGAAAAGCCAGAAUUAAUCGAGGAACUACCGGAAGACGUACAAAUAAUCGAAACAAUAACAGAAGAUGGCAAACCAAAGAAAACAAAGGUGAAAACUCGUGUAAUCAAAAAGUUGAAGAAAGGAAAAGAAGAAGUAACAAAGAUUCAAGUAGUGGAGGAGGAAGGAAAAGCUCCAGUUACCACGGUAGAAACCAAAGAAGUUCCAAUAGAAGAAAAGCCAGAAUUAAUCGAGGAGCUACCGGAAGACGUACAAAUAAUCGAAACAAUAACAGAAGAUGGCAAACCAAAGAAAACAAAGGUGAAGACUCGUGUUAUCAAAAAAGUAAAGAAAGGAAAAGAAGAAGUGACGAAAAUUCAAGUAGUCGAAGAAGAAGGAAAAGCUCCAGUGACAACAGUAGAAACUGAAGUAGUUCCCGUAGAAGAAAAGCCAGAAUUAAUCGAGGAGCUACCGGAAGACGUACAAAUAAUCGAAACAAUAACAGAAGACGGCAAACCAAAGAAAACAAAAGUAAAGACUCGUGUUAUCAAAAAAAUAAAGAAAGGAAAAGAAGAAAUAACAAAGAUUCAAGUAGUUGAAGAAGAAGGAAAAGCUCCAGUGACAACAGUAAAAACCGAAGAAGUUCCAUUAGAAGAAAAGCCAGAAUUAAUCGAGGAACUACCGGAAGACAUACAAAUAAUCGAAACAAUAACAGAAGAUGGCAAACCAAAGAAAACAAAGGUGAAGACUCGUGUUAUCAAAAAAGUAAAGAAAGGAAAAGAAGAAGUGACGAAAAUUCAAGUAGUCGAAGAAGAAGGAAAAGCUCCAGUGACAACAAUAGAAACUGAAGUAGUUCCCGUAGAAGAAAAGCCAGAAUUAAUCGAGGAGCUACCGGAAGACGUACAAAUAAUCGAAACAAUAACAGAAGACGGCAAACCAAAGAAAACAAAGGUGAAGACUCGUGUUAUCAAAAAAGUAAAGAAAGGAAAAGAAGAAGUGACGAAAAUUCAAGUAGUCGAAGAAGAAGGAAAAGCUCCAGUGACAACAGUAGAAACUGAAGUAGUUCCCGUAGAAGAAAAGCCAGAAUUAAUCGAGGAACUACCGGAAGACGUACAAAUAAUCGAAACAAUAACAGAAGACGGCAAACCAAAGAAAACAAAAGUAAAGACUCGUGUUAUCAAAAAAAUAAAGAAAGGAAAAGAAGAAAUAACAAAGAUUCAAGUAGUUGAAGAAGAAGGAAAAGCUCCAGUGACAACAGUAAAAACCGAAGAAGUUCCAUUAGAAGAAAAGCCAGAAUUAAUCGAGGAACUACCGGAAGACGUACAAAUAAUCGAAACAAUAACAGAAGAUGGCAAACCAAAGAAAACAAAGGUGAAGACUCGUGUUAUCAAAAAAGUAAAGAAAGGAAAAGAAGAAGUGACGAAAAUUCAAGUAGUCGAAGAAGAAGGAAAAGCUCCAGUGACAACAGUAGAAACUGAAGUAGUUCCCGUAGAAGAAAAGCCAGAAUUAAUCGAGGAGCUACCGGAAGACGUACAAAUAAUCGAAACAAUAACAGAAGACGGCAAACCAAAGAAAACAAAGGUGAAGACUCGUGUUAUCAAAAAAGUAAAGAAAGGAAAAGAAGAAGUGACGAAAAUUCAAGUAGUCGAAGAAGAAGGAAAAGCUCCAGUGACAACAGUAGAAACUGAAGUAGUUCCCGUAGAAGAAAAGCCAGAAUUAAUCGAGGAACUACCGGAAGACGUACAAAUAAUCGAAACAAUAACAGAAGACGGCAAACCAAAGAAAACAAAAGUAAAGACUCGUGUUAUCAAAAAAAUAAAGAAAGGAAAAGAAGAAAUAACAAAGAUUCAAGUAGUUGAAGAAGAAGGAAAAGCUCCAGUGACAACAGUAAAAACCGAAGAAGUUCCAUUAGAAGAAAAGCCAGAAUUAAUCGAAGAACUACCGGAAGACGUACAAAUAAUCGAAACAGUAACAGAAGAUGGCAAACCAAAGAAAACAAAGGUGAAAACUCGUGUAAUCAAAAAGUUGAAGAAAGGAAAAGAAGAAGUGACGAAAAUUCAGGUGGUCGAAGAAGAAGGCAAAGCUCCAGUUACAACUGUCGAAACUGAAGAAAUUCCUUUGGAAGAAAAGCCUGAAUAUAUUGAAGAGUUUCCAGAGGAUGUACAAGUGUUUGAAAGCUUCACAGAAGAAGGUAAACCAACGAAGACUAAAGUCAAAACAAAAGUUAUUAAGAAAAUUAAGAAAGGAAAAGAAGAGGUCACUAAAAUUAAAGUAGUUGAAGAAGAAGGUAAGGCACCUGUUACAACCGUUGAAACUGAAGAAAUUCCAUUGGUAGAAAAGCCAGAAUAUAUUGAGGAGUUACCAGAAGAUGUACAAGUGUUUGAGACCUUUACAGAAGAAGGCAAACCUACUAAGAUUAAAGUCAAAACAAAAGUUGUUAAGAAGAUUAAGAAAGGAAAAGAAGAAGUCACUAAAAUUAAAGUAGUUGAAGAAGAAGGUAAAGCACCUGUUACUACUGUGGAAACUGAAGAAGUUCCUUUGGAAGAAAAGCCUGAAUAUAUUGAAGAACUUCCGGAGGAUGUGCAAGUGUUUGAAACACUCACAGAAGAAGGAAAACCCACAAAAACCAAAGUCAAAACAAAAGUUAUUAAAAAAAUUAAGAAAGGAAAAGAAGAAGUCACGAAAAUUAAAGUUGUUGAAGAAGAAGGUAAAGAACCUGUAACAACUGUCGAAACUGAAGAAAUUCCGUUGGUAGAAAAGCCAGAAUAUAUUGAGGAGUUACCAGAAGAUGUACAAGUGUUUGAGACCUUUACAGAAGAAGGCAAACCUACUAAGAUUAAAGUCAAAACCAAAGUUGUUAAAAAGAUUAAGAAAGGAAAAGAAGAAGUCACUAAAAUUAAAGUAGUUGAAGAAGAAGGUAAAGCACCUGUUACAACUGUCGAAACUAAAGAAAUACCUUUGGUAGAAAAGCCAGAAUAUAUUGAGGAGCUACCAGAAGAUGUACAAGUGUUUGAAACCUUUACAGAAGAAGGCAAACCUACUAAGAUUAAAGUCAAAACAAAAGUUGUUAAGAAAAUUAAGAAAGGAAAAGAAGAAGUCACUAAAAUUAAAGUAGUUGAAGAAGAAGGUAAAGCACCUGUUACAACUGUCGAAACUGAAGAAAUACCUUUGGUAGAAAAGCCAGAAUAUAUUGAGGAGCUACCAGAAGAUGUACAAGUGUUUGAAACCUUUACAGAAGAAGGCAAACCUACUAAGAUUAAAGUCAAAACAAAAGUUGUUAAAAAGAUUAAGAAAGGAAAAGAAGAAGUCUCUAAAAUUAAAGUAGUUGAAGAAGAAGGUAAAGCACCUGUUACAACUGUCGAAACUGAAGAAAUACCUUUGGUAGAAAAGCCAGAAUAUAUUGAGGAGCUACCAGAAGAUGUACAAGUGUUUGAAACCUUUACAGAAGAAGGCAAACCUACUAAGAUUAAAGUCAAAACAAAAGUUGUUAAGAAGAUUAAGAAAGGAAAAGAAGAAGUCACUAAAAUUAAAGUAGUUGAAGAAGAAGGUAAAGCACCUGUUACAACUGUCGAAACUGAAGAAAUACCUUUGGAAGAAAAGCCUGAAUAUAUUGAAGAGCUCCCAGAGGAUAUACAAGUUUUUGAAACUCUCACAGAAGAAGGUAAACCUACUAAGACUAAAGUUAAGACCAAAGUUAUUAAGAAAAUUAAGAGAGGAAAAGAAGAAGUCACCAAAAUUAAAGUAGUUGAAGAAGAAGGUAAAGCACCUGUUACUACUGUGGAAACUGAAGAAAUUCCUUUGGAAGAAAAGCCUGAAUAUAUUGAAGAACUUCCGGAGGAUGUGCAAGUGUUUGAAACAUUCACAGAAGAAGGUAAACCCACAAAAACCAAGGUUAAAACUAAAGUUAUUAAAAAAAUUAAAAAAGGAAAAGAAGAAGUCACUAAAAUUAAAGUGGUAGAAGAAGAAGGUAAAGCACCUGUUACUACUGUUGAAACCAAAGAAAUUGCUUUGGAAGAAAAGCCUGAAUAUAUUGAAGAACUUCCAGAGGAUAUACAAGUUUUUGAAACUCUCACAGAAGAAGGUAAACCUACUAAGACUAAAGUUAAGACCAAAGUUAUUAAGAAAAUUAAGAGAGGAAAAGAAGAAGUCACCAAAAUUAAAGUAGUUGAAGAAGAAGGUAAAGCACCUGUUACUAUUGUGGAAACUGAAGAAAUUCCUUUGGAAGAAAAGCCUGAAUAUAUUGAAGAACUUCCGGAGGAUGUGCAAGUGUUUGAAACAUUCACAGAAGAAGGUAAACCCACAAAAACCAAAGUCAAAACAAAAGUUAUUAAAAAAAUUAAGAAAGGAAAGGAAGAAGUCACGAAAAUUAAAGUAGUUGAAGAAGAAGGUAAAGAACCUGUAACAACUGUCGAAACUGAAGAAAUUCCUUUGGUAGAAAAGCCAGAAUAUAUUGAGGAGCUACCAGAAGAUGUACAAGUGUUUGAAACCUUUACAGAAGAAGGCAAACCCACUAAGAUUAAAGUCAAAACAAAAGUUGUUAAGAAGAUUAAGAAAGGAAAAGAAGAAGUCACUAAAAUUAAAGUAGUUGAAGAAGAAGGUAAAGCACCUGUUACAACUGUCGAAACUGAAGAAAUACCUUUGGAAGAAAAGCCUGAAUAUAUUGAAGAGCUUCCAGAGGAUAUACAAGUUUUUGAAACUCUCACAGAAGAAGGUAAACCUACCAAGACUAAAGUUAAGACCAAAGUUAUUAAGAAAAUUAAGAGAGGAAAAGAAGAAGUCACCAAAAUUAAAGUAGUUGAAGAAGAAGGUAAAGCACCUGUUACUACUGUGGAAACUGAAGAAAUUCCUUUGGAAGAAAAGCCUGAAUAUAUUGAAGAACUUCCGGAGGAUGUGCAAGUGUUUGAAACAUUCACAGAAGAAGGUAAACCCACAAAAACCAAAGUUAAAACUAAAGUUAUUAAAAAAAUUAAAAAAGGAAAAGAAGAAGUCACUAAAAUUAAAGUGGUAGAAGAAGAAGGUAAAGCACCUGUUACUACUGUUGAAACCAAAGAAAUUGCUUUGGAAGAAAAGCCUGAAUAUAUUGAGGAACUUCCAGAAAAUAUUGAAGUAUUUGAAACGAUCACAGAGGACGGUAAACCUACUAAGACUAAAAUCAAGACGAAAGUUAUUAAGAAAAUUAAGAAAGGAAAAGAAGAAGUCACUAAAAUUAAAGUGGUUGAAGAAGAAGGUAAAGAACCUGUCACCACUGUGGAAACUGAAGAAGUUCCUUUGGAGGAAAAGCCUGAAUACAUUGAAGAGUUUCCGGAGGAUGUUCAAGUGUUUGAAACUUUCACAGAAGAAGGUAAACCCACAAAAACUAAAGUCAAAACAAAAAUUAUUAAGAAAAUUAAGAAAGGAAAAGAAGAAGUCACUAAAAUUAAAGUGGUAGAAGAAGAAGGAAAACAACCUGUUACAACUGUCGAAACUGAAGAAAUUCCUUUGGAAGAAAAGCCUGAAUAUAUUGAGGAACUUCCAGAAAAUAUUGAAGUGUUUGAAACUUUCACAGAAGAAGGUAAACCCACAAAGACUAAAGUCAAAACAAAAGUUAUAAAGAAAAUUAAGAAAGGAAAAGAAGAAGUCACCAAAAUUAAAGUGGUUGAAGAAGAAGGAAAACAACCUGUUACAACUGUCGAAACCGAAGAAAUUCCUUUGGAAGAAAAGCCUGAACAUAUUGAGGAACUUCCAGAAAAUAUUGAAGUAUUUGAAACGAUCACAGAGGACGGUAAACCUACUAAGACUAAAGUCAAGACGAAAGUUAUUAAGAAAAUUAAGAAAGGAAAAGAAGAAGUCACCAAAAUUAAAGUGGUUGAAGAAGAAGGAAAACAACCUGUUACAACUGUAGAAACCGAAGAAAUUACUUUGGAAGAAAAGCCGGAAUACAUUGAGGAACUCCCAGAAGAAGUUCAAGUGUUUGAGACCUUUACAGAGGAAGGUAAACCUACUAAGAUUAAAGUCAAAACAAAAGUUGUUAAAAAAAUUAAAAAAGGAAAAGAAGAAGUCACUAAGAUUAAAGUUGUUGAAGAAGAUGGUAAAGCACCUGUUACUACUGUGGAAACUGAAGAAAUUCCUUUGGAAGAAAAGCCUGAGUAUAUUGAAGAACUUCCGGAGGAUGUGCAGGUCUUUGAAACAUUCACAGAAGAAGGCAAACCCACAAAGACUAAAGUCAAAACAAAAGUUAUUAAGAAGCUUAAAAAAGGAAAAGAAGAAGUCACUAAAAUUAAAGUAGUAGAAGAAGAAGGUAAAGCACCUGUUACUACUGUCGAAACUGAAGAAAUUCUUCUGGAAGAAAAGCCGGAAUAUAUUGAGGAGCUCCCAGAAGAAGUUCAAGUGUUUGAGACCUUUACAGAGGAAGGUAAACCUACUAAGAUUAAAGUCAAAACAAAAGUUGUUAAGAAAAUUAAAAAAGGAAAAGAAGAAGUCACUAAGAUUAAAGUUGUUGAAGAAGAAGGUAAAGUACCUGUUACUACUGUGGAAACUGAAGAGAUUCCUUUGGAAGAAAAGCCUGAGUAUAUUGAGGAACUUCCGGAGGAUGUGCAGGUCUUUGAAACAUUCACAGAAGAAGGCAAACCCACAAAGACUAAAGUCAAAACAAAAGUUAUUAAGAAGCUUAAAAAAGGAAAAGAAGAAGUCACUAAAAUUAAAGUAGUAGAAGAAGAAGGUAAAGCACCUGUUACUACUGUCGAAACAGAAGAAAUUCCUUUGGAAGAAAAGCCGGAAUACAUUGAGGAGCUCCCAGAAGAAGUUCAAGUGUUUGAGACUUUUACAGAAGAAGGUAAACCUACUAAGAUUAAGGUCAAAACAAAAGUUGUUAAGAAAAUUAAAAAAGGAAAGGAAGAAGUCACUAAGAUUAAAGUUGUUGAAGAAGAAGGUAAAGCACCUGUUACUACUGUAGAAACAGAAGAAAUUCCUUUGGAAGAAAAGCCUGAGUAUAUUGAGGAACUUCCGGAGGAUGUGCAGGUCUUUGAAACAUUCACAGAAGAAGGCAAACCCACAAAGACUAAAGUGAAGACCAAAGUUAUUAAGAAAAUUAAGAGAGGAAAAGAAGAAGUUACUAAAAUUAAAGUUGUUGAAGAAGAAGGUAAAGCACCUGUUACUACUGUCGAAACCGAAGAAAUUCCUUUGGAAGAAAAGCCGGAAUACAUUGAGGAGCUCCCAGAAGAAGUUCAAGUGUUUGAGACUUUUACAGAGGAAGGCAAACCCACAAAGACUAAAUUCAAAACAAAAGUUAUUAAGAAGAUUAAAAAAGGAAAAGAAGAAGUCACUAAAAUUAAGGUAGUAGAAGAAGAAGGUAAAGCACCUGUUACUACUGUCGAAACCGAAGAAAUUCCUUUGAAAGAAAAGCCGGAAUACAUUGAGGAACUCCCAGAAGAAGUUCAAGUGUUUGAGACCUUCACAGAGGAAGGUAAACCCACUAAGACUAAAGUCAAAACAAAAGUUGUCAAGAAAAUUGGAAAAGGAAAGGAAGAAGUUACUAAAAUUAAAGUGGUUGAAGAAGAAGGUAAAGCACCUGUCACUACAGUCGAAACCGAAGAAAUUCCGUUGGAAGAGAAAUCUGAAUACAUUGAAGAACUUCCAGAAAACGUGGAAGUGUUUGAAACUUUCACAAAAGAUGGAAAACCCACUAAGACUAAAGUCAAAACGAAAAUAAUAAAGAAAAUUGGAAAAGGAAAAGAAGAAAUUACCAAAAUUAAAGUAAUCGAAGAAGAAGGUAAAGUGCCUGUUACUACUGUAGAAAUUGAAGAAAUUCCUUUGGAAGAAAAACCAGAAUAUAUUGAAGAACUUCCGGAAGAUGUACAAGUGUUUGAAACUUUCACAGAAGAAGGUAAACCUACAAAGACCAAAGUCAAAACAAAAGUUAUUAAGAAAAUUAAGAAAGGAAAAGAAGAAGUUACUAAAAUUAAAGUAGUCGAAGAAGAAGGUAAAGCACCUGUUACUAUUGUGGAAACUGAAGAAGUUCCAUUGGAAGAAAAGCCAGAAUAUAUUGAAGAACUUCCGGAAGAUGUACAAGUGUUUGAAACUUUCACAGAAGAAGGUAAACCUACAAAGACCAAAGUCAAAACAAAAGUUAUUAAGAAAAUUAAAAAAGGAAAAGAAGAAGUCACUAAAAUUAAAGUUGUUGAAGAAGAAGGUAAAGAACCUGUUACUAUUGUGGAAACUGAAGAAGUUCCUUUGGAAGAAAAGCCGGAAUAUAUUGAAGAACUUCCGGAAGAUGUACAAGUGUUUGAAACUUUCACAGAAGAAGGUAAACCUACAAAGACCAAAGUCAAAACAAAAGUUAUUAAGAAAAUUAAAAAAGGAAAAGAAGAAGUCACUAAAAUUAAAGUUGUUGAAGAAGAAGGUAAAGCACCUGUUACUACUGUGGAAACCGAAGAAUUUCCUUUGGAAGAAAAGCCGGAAUAUAUCGAGGAAUUACCAGAGGAUGUCCAAGUGUUUGAGAGCUUUACAGAAGAAGGUAAACCUACAAAGACUAAAGUCAAAACAAAAGUUAUUAAGAAAAUUAAGAAAGGAAAAGAGGAAGUCACUAAAACUAAAGUAGUCGAAGAAGAAGGAAAAGCACCUGUUACUACUGUGGAAACUGAAGAAGUUCCUUUGGAAGAAAAGCCAGAAUAUAUUGAAGAGCUGCCAGAAGAUGUACAAGUAUUCGAAACUUUCACAGAAGAAGGUAAACCCACUAAGACUAAAGUCAAAACAAAAGUUAUUAAGAAAAUUAAGAAAGGAAAAGAAGAAGUCACUAAGAUUAAAGUAGUCGAAGAAGAAGGAAAAGCACCUGUUACUACUGUGGAAACUGAAGAAAUUCCUUUGGAAGAAAAGCCAGAAUAUAUUGAGGAACUUCCAGAGGAUAUACAAGUAUUUGAAACGCUGACGGAAGAAGGUAAACCUACUAUAACAAAAGUUAAAACAAAAGUGAUUAAGAAAAUUAAGAAAGGAAAAGAAGAAAUCACUAAAAUUAAAGUGGUGGAAGAAGAAGGUAAAGCACCUGUCACUACUUUUGAAACCGAGGAAAUUCCACUGGAAGAUAAGCAUGAGUAUAUUGAGGAACUACCGGAAGACGUUCUACCAAGAGAUAAAAAAUCUGGAGAUAAAAGAAAAAAGAAAGCCCCAAAACCUGAAUUUAACGAACCCCAAGAAGAUGAUAUUAAAACUUCUUUCGAAAAACUAAAGAAACGAGCUCCAAAAACUGAUAAGGUAAUCGUUGAAGAACUACCAGAACAAACACAAAUUUUCUUCACCGAAUCAGAGGAUGGAAUACCUCGUAAAACUGUUGUUCGAACAAGAAUAAUAAAGAAGACUGUGGGAGACAAACAGGAAAUUACUAAAAUUCAGACUGUUGAGGAAUACGAAAAAGCUCCUGUUACAACUAUUACUGUUGAAGAAAAUGUUGCCCCAUCUGUUGACGAUAUUAACGAGGAUUCAGUUUUCGUCGAGGAGCUUCCCGAAACUAUUAGUAUGGACACUAUAGUGGAUGAUACAGGAAAUGUCAAAGAAAUUAAAACAACAAAAAAGAAAUUUAAGAAACCUAAAGAUGAGAAUUUAGAUGAAAUUACUGAAAUAAUAACGGUAGAAGAAGAGGGUAAAGAGCCGAUUACCACUAUUUCAUUUACAACCGAAAUUCAUGAAGAAGAACCUGAUUUCGAUGAAAAAGAUACGGUUUUGCGAGUACUUUCAGACGACAAUAUCCCUAAUAUAAUAGAUGUUAGCUCCCUAGAUAACGUCGAAAAUAUACCAAAACACGAAAAACAUACACAUAAAAAACCAAAAACAAAAAAACACUCUGAAGUACCGGAAGAUGUUGGGGAUGUUGAAAUUGUAACAACAUUUGAAACAGAGAAAACGGAGGACGGUAAACCGAUAAUUAAAAGAAAGAGCAAAAAAAUUAUUACAAAAGGAGAUGUUAAAAUAGAAGAGAGUUUAAGUGAUUCGGACGAAAAAUAUUCUGAAGAAGAAAAGCCUGAAGAAUUUGAAGGUACCUACACUAUCUCAGAAGUAGAUGAUAUACCAAGAGAUAAAACACUUACACAAAAAACAAUACCAGAAACAUUACCAGAAGAAAAACUUCAAUCUUAUGAUUACACUUUAACUGAGUCUGACCAGAUUGUAGACAAAGAGCAUCCUGAAACGAAACAAAAGAAAAAGAAGAUUGUUAAAAAACCAAAGAAAACUGAUUAUGAUAAGUAUAUUCAAAUGUUAAUAGAGCAAGAAAUACCAAAAACAGUUUUACAACAAUAUGAAAAAGUUAAUAUCGAUGCACCAAGGAAAGCUAAAUUGAGUAAAUCACUACCGACAAAGGUUUCUGAAUUGGUUCCGAUGCAAAUUGAACGUGUAGAAAUCAAAAAACCAACGAAAGUUGAAAUAUGUUCAGCUGAAGAAUAUCCAACUCUUAAGCAAAUUGGAAAAUUGAAAAAAGGCAAAAAAGUUAACGAAGAAGUUCUUUUCAAAGGAUUUAAAUUGAAAAGUCGUAUCAAAUUUAUUCCAUUUGAACCUGCUCCAAUUCCAUGGGAGUACAAAUCAUUAAACACUAUACGUGGAAGAGGAGAAUUAUCACGUAAUGUAGAAGAAGCUCUUAAACUAUUGAAGAAAAAACAUAAACCAUUUAAACCAAAAGAAUUUGAAGAGACCGAAUUAGAAAAGGUAGAAUUCGAAAGUAUAGAACAAGAACCUUUAGAAGUUACCGAAAUUAAACCCAAAUAUAAAAGACCCACAAAAAAGAAGUUAGAAGAAAAGGAAUUAGAACACAAAAUUGUACUUGGUAAAGGUAAAAUACCGCAGGAAUUGGAUGAAAGAGAAAUAAUUGAACUAAAACCAUUUGAAAAAUCUAAAGAACAAGAAGAAAUUUCGCCUAAGCAGUUAGAUUUGAAAAAACCUGAAAAUGUAGAAAUUGAUAAACAAGUAGAAGAAAAAGAUGUUAUAACAGAAACUGGAGAAGUUGUUCACGAAAUUGUUACUAAACGUAAAAUAAAAAAGAAAAAAGACAAGGGAUACGAAAUAGUCGAAAUAGAAGAAGUUCAACGCGAUGAACAACCAUUUGCAGAUGUUUCAAUCAUAUCUUACGAUGAACCAGAAGACGUUCACGAAGACACAGUACAUGAGAAACCUAAGCAUAAAAAGAAGGUUACUAAAAAGAUUCCUAAAGAAGAUGUAAUAGAAUUUAUUACCGAAGUAAUUUCUGAAGAGAAGCCGGAAGAAAUCCCUGUUCAAGUGCAAGAAACCACAGAAGUUGAAACUAAGACUAUUAUCGACGAAACAGGAGAAGAAAAGAAACAAGUUAUUACAAAAAGAAAAAUUAAAAAAACCAAAGGACCAAAAGAAGACGUGAUUGAAAUUGUCGAAGUUCAAGAAGAUGAUAAACCAGCUGAAAUCACAGUGACAACCUAUGAGGCUCCAACGGUCGAAGAAAUUUCUGAUACGGAAAAGCCACGCAAGCCUAAAUCAAAGAAAGUAAAGAAAGACGAUCUAGAUGAUUAUAUAAAAUCUCUAAUCGAAUUUGAAAUUCCUACAACCGAAUUAGAGCAAUAUGAAAAAGUAGAUGUAGAAAGACGAAAGAAAAAGAAACCGGCCAAAAAACAUGAAGUUGUUGAGGAAGAGAUUCCUGAAGAAAUGCCGAUUUCCGUUAAAGAAUCCGAAGAGAAGCCAAAGGAGAAAAAACCAAAGAAAAAACGUACAUCUAUUGUUCCACAAGAAUCAGUAGAAGUGAAAGAAGAGGAAGAAAAGCCUGAAGACAUGAAGAUAACAUUAACUGAAACUGAGGAAAUAAAAACAAUUAAAAAAGUUAAGAAACCAAAGGAAAAACCAGUUGAACAAAAGAUUUCUGUUUUAGAAGAACAACCUGAAUACCCAGUACAAAUUGAAGAAAUAGAAAAACAAAUUGAGGAGAAAGAAGUUGUGGAUGAGACUGGAGAAGUCAUUCAUGAAGUUGUUACAAAACGUAAAGUUAAAAAGAAGAAAGGUCCAAAAGAAGAAAUUGUAGAAAUCGUAGAAGUGCAACGUGAUGAUCAACCGUUUGCCGAUGUUUCAAUAAUAAGUUACGAGGCUCCAGAAGUAACUGAGGAAGAAGUUCCGGCUCAAAAACCCAAACAAAAGAAAAGAGUGAGCAAACAAGUUCCUAAAGAAGAAAUUCAGGAAUUUAUUGCAGGAAUAGUUACCGAAGAGGCACCUGAAGAAUUGCCAGUAGAAGAAAUAACCGAGCCAGUUCAAGUUCAAGAAACAAAAGAAGUUGAAACUAAAACUUUUGUUGACGAAACUGGAGAAGAGAAAAAACAAAUUAUUACAAAGAGGAAAAUCAAAAAAACAAAAGGACCAAAAGAAGAUGUAAUUGAAAUUGUGGAAGUUCAAGAAGAUGAUAAACCAGCUGAAAUUACAGUAACAACUUAUGAAGCUCCAACAGUUGAGGACAUUUUGGAUACUGAAAAACCACGCAAGCCUAAAACAAAGAAAGUAAAGAAAGACGAUCUAGAUGACUAUAUAAAAUCUUUGAUCGAAUUCGAAAUCCCUACAACCGAAUUAGAGCAAUACGAAAAAAUAGAUGUAGAAAAACAAAAGAAAAAGAAACCGGUCAAGAAACAUGAAGUUGUUGAGGAAGAAAUUCCUGAAGAAAUGCCGAUUUCCGUUAAAGAUUCCGAAGAGAAACCAAAGGAGAAAAAACCAAAGAAAAAACGUGCAUCUGUUGCUCCACAGGAAUCGGUGGAAGUGAAGGAGGAAGAAGAAAAGCCUGAAGAAAUGAAGAUAACAUUGACUGAAACUGAGGAAAUAAAAACAAUUAAGAAGGCUAAGAAACCAAAAGAAAAACCGGCUGAAGAAAAGAUUUCUGUAUUAGAAGAGCAGCCAGAAUUUCCAGUACAGGUUGAAGAAAUUGAAAAACAAGUUGAAGAGAAAGAAGUUGUGGAUGAGACUGGAGAAGUCAUUCAUGAAAUUGUUACAAAACGUAAAGUUAAAAAGAAGAAAGGUCCAAAAGAAGAAAUUGUAGAAAUCGUAGAAGUGCAACGUGAUGAUCAACCGUUUGCCGAUGUUUCAAUAAUAAGUUACGAGGCCCCAGAAGUAACUGAGGAGGAAGUUCCGGCUGAAAAACCCAAACAAAAGAAAAGAGUGAGCAAACAAGUUCCUAAAGAAGAUAUUCAGGAAUUUAUUGCAGGAAUAGUUACCGAAGAGGCACCUGAAGAAUUGCCGGUAGAAGAAAUAACCGAGCCAGUUCAGGUGCAAGAAACAAAAGAGGUGGAAACUAAAACUUUUGUUGACGAAACUGGGGAAGAGAAGAAACAAGUGAUUACAAAGAGAAAAAUUAAGAAAACAAAAGGACCAAAGGAAGAAGUCAUUGAAAUUGUAGAAGUUCAAGAAGAUGAUAAACCAGCUGAAAUUACAGUAACAACUUUCGAAGCUCCCGCAAUUGAUGAGGUUUCCGAUACUGAAAAACCCCGCAAGCCUAAAACAAAGAAAGUAAAGAAAGACGAUCUAGAUGACUAUAUAAAAUCUUUGAUCGAAUUCGAAAUCCCUACAACCGAAUUAGAGCAAUACGAAAAAAUAGAUGUAGAAAAACAAAAGAAAAAGAAACCGGUCAAGAAACAUGAAGUUGUUGAAGAAGAAAUUCCUGAAGAAUUGCCAAUUUCUCUAAAGGAAUCCGAAGAGAAACCAAAGGAGAAAAAACCAAAGAAAAAACGUACAUCUAUUGUUCCACAAGAAUCAGUAGAAGUGAAAGAGGAAGAAGAAAAGCCUGAAGAAAUGAAGGUCACAUUGACUGAAACUGAGGAAAUAAAAACAAUUAAGAAGGCUAAGAAACCAAAAGAAAAACCGGUUGAAGAAAAGAUUUCUGUGUUAGAAGAGCAACCAGAACUUCCAGUACAGGUUGAAGAAAUUGAAAAACAAGUUGAGGAGAAAGAAGUUGUGAAUGAGACUGGAGAAGUCAUCCAUGAGGUUGUCACAAAACGUAAAGUUAAAAAGAAGAAAGGUCCAAAAGAAGAAAUUGUAGAAAUCGUAGAGGUACAACGUGACGAUCAACCGUUUGCCGAUGUCUCAAUAAUAAGUUAUGAGGCACCAGAAAUAACUGAGGAAGAAGUUCCAGCCCCAAAACCCAAACAAAAGAAACGAGUGAGCAAACAAGUUCCUAAAGAAGAAAUUCAGGAAUUUAUUGCAGGAAUAGUUACCGAAGAGGCACCUGAAGAAUUGCCGGUAGAAGAAAUAACCGAGCCAGUUCAGGUGCAAGAAACAAAAGAGGUGGAAACUAAAACUUUUGUUGACGAAACUGGGGAAGAGAAGAAACAAGUGAUUACAAAGAGAAAAAUUAAGAAAACAAAAGGACCAAAGGAAGAAGUCAUUGAAAUUGUAGAAGUUCAAGAAGAUGAUAAACCAGCUGAAAUUACAGUAACAACUUUCGAAGCUCCGGCAAUUGAUGAGGUUUCCGAUACUGAAAAACCCCGCAAGCCUAAAACAAAGAAAGUAAAGAAAGACGAUCUAGAUGACUAUAUAAAAUCUUUGAUCGAAUUCGAAAUCCCUGCAACCGAACUAGAACAAUACGAAAAAGUAGAUGUAGAAAAACAAAAGAAAAAGAAGCCGGUCAAGAAACAUGAAGUUGUUGAAGAAGAAAUUCCUGAAGAAUUGCCAAUUUCUGUAAAGGAAUCCGAAGAGAAACCAAAGGAGAAAAAACCAAAGAAAAAACGUACAUCUAUUGUUCCACAGGAAUCAGUAGAAGUGAAAGAGGAAGAAGAAAAGCCUGAAGAAAUGAAGAUCACAUUGACUGAAACUGAGGAAAUAAAAACAAUUAAGAAGGCUAAGAAACCAAAAGAAAAACCGGUUGAAGAAAAGAUUUCUGUAUUAGAAGAGCAACCAGAAUUUCCAGUACAAGUUGAAGAAAUUGAAAAACAAGUUGAGGAGAAAGAAGUCGUAGACGAGACCGGGGAAAUCAUUCAUGAAAUUGUUACAAAACGUAAAGUUAAAAAGAAGAAAGGUCCAGAAGAGGAAAUUGUAGAAAUCGUAGAGGUACAACGUGACGAUCAACCGUUUGCUGAAGUCUCAAUAAUUAGUUAUGAGGCACCAGAAGCAACUGAGGAAGAAGUUCCGGCUCAAAAACCCAAACAAAAGAAACGAGUGAGCAAACAAGUUCCUAAAGAAGAAAUUCAAGAAUUUAUUGCAGGAAUAGUUACCGAAGAGGCACCUGAAGCAUUGCCAGUAGAAGAAAUAACCGAGCCAGUUCAGGUGCAAGAAACAAAAGAAGUGGAAACUAAAACUUUUGUUGACGAAACUGGGGAAGAGAAGAAACAAGUGAUUACAAAGAGAAAAAUUAAGAAAACUCAAGGACCAAAAGAAGAAAUCAUUGAAAUUGAGGAAGUUCAAGAAGAUGAUAAACCAGCUGAAAUUACAGUAACAACUUACGAAGCUCCUGCGGUUGACGAGGUAUCCGAUACUGAAAAACCCCGCAAGCCUAAAACAAAGAAAGUAAAGAAAGACGAUCUAGAUGAUUAUAUAAAAUCUUUGAUAGAAUUCGAAAUACCUACAACUGAAUUAGAGCAAUACGAAAAAGUAGAUGUAGAAAAACAAAAGAAAAAGAAGCCGGUCAAGAAACAUGAAGUUGUUGAAGAAGAAAUUCCUGAAGAAUUGCCAAUUUCUCUAAAGGAAUCUGAAGAGAAACCAAAGGAGAAAAAACCAAAGAAAAAACGUACAUCUAUUGUUCCACAAGAAUCAGUAGAAGUGAAAGAGGAGGAAGAAAAGCCUGAAGACAUGAAGAUAACAUUAACUGAAACUGAGGAAAUAAAAACAAUUAAAAAAGUUAAGAAACCAAAGGAAAAACCAGUUGAACAAAAGAUUUCUGUUUUAGAAGAACAACCUGAGUAUCCAGUACAAGUUGAAGAAAUUGAAAAGCAAGUUGAGGAGAAGGAAAUCGUAGACGAGACCGGGGAAAUCAUUCAUGAAGUUGUUACAAAACGUAAAGUUAAAAAGAAGAAAGGUCCAGAAGAAGAAAUUGUAGAAAUCGUAGAGGUACAACGUGACGAUCAACCGUUUGCUGAUGUCUCAAUAAUAAGUUAUGAGGCACCAGAAGUAACUGAGGAAGAAGUUCCGGCUCAAAAACCCAAACAAAAGAAACGAGUGAGCAAACAAGUUCCCAAAGAAGAAAUUCAAGAAUUUAUUGCAGGAAUAGUUACCGAAGAGGCACCUGAAGAAUUGCCGGUAGAAGAAAUAACCGAGCCAGUUCAGGUGCAAGAAACAAAAGAGGUGGAAACUAAAACUUUUGUUGACGAAACUGGGGAAGAGAAGAAACAAGUGAUUACAAAGAGAAAAAUUAAGAAAACUCAAGGACCAAAAGAAGAAGUAAUUGAAAUUGAGGAAGUUCAAGAAGAUGAUAAACCAGCUGAAAUUACAGUAACAACUUACGAAGCUCCGGCAAUUGACGAUGUUUCCGAUACUGAAAAACCCCGCAAGCCUAAAACAAAGAAAGUAAAGAAGGACGAUUUAGAUGACUAUAUAAAAUCUCUAAUCGAGUUUGAAAUUCCUACGACCGAACUAGAACAAUACGAAAAGGUAGAUGUAGAAAAAGAAAAGAAAAAGAAGCCUGUUAAAAAACAAGAAAUUGUUGCAGAAGAAAUUCCUGAAGAAUUGCCCAUUUCCCUACAGGAAACUGAAGAAAAACCAAAGGAGAAAAAACCAAAAAAGAAGCGUGUAUCUAUUGUUCCACAAGAAUCAGUGGAAGUGAAAGAGGAAGAAGAAAAGCCUGAAGAAAUGAAGGUCACGUUAACUGAAACUGAGGAAAUAAAAACAAUUAAAAAGGCUAAGAAACCAAAAGAUAAACCGGUUGAAGAAAAAAUUUCUGUUUUAGAACAGCAACCAACAUAUCCAAUAGAAGUUGAAGAAAUUGAAAAGCAGGUAGAGGAGAAUGAAGUCGUAGAUGAGACCGGAGAAGUUAUUCAUGAAGUUGUUACAAAACGUAAAGUUAAAAAGAAGAAAGGUCCAGAAGAAGAAAUUGUAGAAAUUGUAGAGGUACAGCGUGACGAUCAACCGUUUGCUGAUGUCUCAAUAAUAAGCUAUGAGGCACCAGAAGUAACUGAGGAAGAAAUUCCGGCUCAAAAACCCAAACAAAAGAAACGAGUGAGCAAACAAGUUCCCAAAGAAGAAAUUCAAGAAUUUAUUGCAGGAAUAGUUACCGAAGAGGCACCUGAAGAAUUGCCGGUAGAAGAAAUAACAGAACCAGUUCAAGUACAAGAAACAAAAGAGGUGGAAACUAAGACUUUUGUUGACGAAACUGGGGAAGAGAAGAAACAAGUGAUUACAAAGAGAAAAAUUAAGAAAACUCAAGGACCAAAAGAAGAAGUAAUUGAAAUUGAGGAAGUUCAAGAAGAUGAUAAACCAGCUGAAAUUACAGUAACAACUUACGAAGCUCCGGCAGUUGACGAGGUAUCCGAUACUGAAAAACCUCGCAAGCCUAAAACAAAGAAGGUAAAGAAGGACGAUUUAGAUGACUAUAUAAAAUCUCUAAUCGAGUUUGAAAUUCCUACGACCGAACUAGAACAAUACGAAAAGGUAGAUGUAGAAAAAGAAAAGAAAAAGAAGCCUGUUAAAAAACAAGAAAUUGUUGCAGAAGAAAUUCCUGAAGAAUUGCCCAUUUCCCUACAGGAAACUGAAGAAAAACCAAAGGAGAAAAAACCAAAAAAGAAGCGUGUAUCAAUUGUUCCACAGGAAUCAGUAGAAGUGAAAGAGGAAGAAGAAAAGCCUGAAGAAAUGAAGGUCACGUUAACUGAAACUGAGGAAAUAAAAACAAUUAAAAAGGCUAAGAAACCAAAAGAAAAACCGGUUGAAGAAAAAAUUUCUGUUUUAGAAGAGCAACCAACAUAUCCAAUAGAAGUUGAAGAAAUUGAAAAGCAAGUUGAGGAGAAGGAAGUCGUAGAUGAGACCGGAGAAGUUAUUCAUGAAGUUGUUACAAAACGUAAAGUUAAAAAGAAGAAAGGUCCAGAAGAAGAAAUUGUAGAAAUUGUAGAGGUACAGCGUGACGAUCAACCGUUUGCUGAUGUCUCAAUAAUAAGUUAUGAGGCACCAGAAGUAACUGAGGAAGAAGUUCCGGCUCAAAAACCGAAACAAAAGAAACGAGUGAGCAAACAAGUUCCCAAAGAAGAAAUUCAAGAAUUUAUUGCAGGAAUAGUUACCGAAGAAGCACCUGAAGAAUUGCCGGUAGGAGAAAUAACAGAACCAGUUCAAGUACAAGAAACAAAAGAGGUGGAAACUAAGACUUUUGUUGACGAAACUGGGGAAGAGAAGAAACAAGUGAUUACAAAGAGAAAAAUUAAGAAAACUCAAGGACCAAAAGAAGAAGUAAUUGAAAUUGAGGAAGUUCAAGAAGAUGAUAAACCAGCUGAAAUUACAGUAACAACUUACGAAGCUCCGGCAGUUGACGAGGUAUCCGAUACUGAAAAACCUCGCAAGCCUAAAACAAAGAAGGUAAAGAAGGACGAUUUAGAUGACUAUAUAAAAUCUCUAAUCGAGUUUGAAAUUCCUACGACCGAACUAGAACAAUACGAAAAGGUAGAUGUAGAAAAAGAAAAGAAAAAGAAGCCUGUUAAAAAACAAGAAAUUGUUGCAGAAGAAAUUCCUGAAGAAUUGCCCAUUUCCCUACAGGAAACUGAAGAAAAACCAAAGGAGAAAAAACCAAAAAAGAAGCGUGUAUCAAUUGUUCCACAGGAAUCAGUAGAAGUGAAAGAGGAAGAAGAAAAGCCUGAAGAAAUGAAGGUCACGUUAACUGAAACUGAGGAAAUAAAAACAAUUAAAAAGGCUAAGAAACCAAAAGAAAAACCGGUUGAAGAAAAAGUUUCUGUUUUAGAAGAGCAACCAACGUAUCCAAUAGAAGUUGAAGAAAUUGAAAAGCAAGUUGAGGAGAAGGAAGUCGUAGAUGAGACCGGAGAAGUUAUUCAUGAAGUUGUUACAAAACGUAAAGUUAAAAAGAAGAAAGGUCCAGAAGAAGAAAUUGUAGAAAUUGUAGAGGUACAACGUGACGAUCAACCGUUUGCUGAUGUCUCAAUAAUAAGUUAUGAGGCACCAGAAGUAACUGAGGAAGAAAUUCCGGCUCAAAAACCCAAACAAAAGAAACGAGUGAGCAAACAAGUUCCCAAAGAAGAAAUUCAAGAAUUUAUUGCAGGAAUAGUUACCGAAGAGGCACCUGAAGAAUUGCCGGUAGAAGAAAUAACAGAACCAGUUCAAGUACAAGAAACAAAAGAGGUUGAAACUAAAACUUUUGUUGAUGAAACUGGGGAAGAGAAGAAACAAGUGAUUACAAAGAGAAAAAUUAAGAAAACUCAAGGACCAAAAGAAGACGUCAUUGAAAUUGUGGAGGUUCAAGAAGAUGAUAAGCCAACAGAAGUAACUGUGACAACUUAUGAAGCUCCAACAGUUGAAGACGUUUCCGACACUGAAAAACCACGCAAGCCUAAGACGAGAAAGGUAAAGAAAGACGAUCUGGAUGAUUAUAUAAAAUCGCUGAUUGAAUUUGAAAUACCAAAGACGGAAUUGGAAACUUAUGAUAAAAUAGAUUUCGAGAAAGUUCCUCAAGAAAAGAAACGAGAUUCAAAAGCAAUUAUAAGUGAAGAAAACGUCGUGCCAAAUGAGGAAGAAGUAAAAGAAGUUUCUGAGAAGCCUAAAGAAAAGAAGCCAAAGAAAAAGAAAUCUUUAAUUCCAAAUGAGGAAGAAGUUAAAAUAAAUGAAACAGAAACUCCAGCGGAACCAGAAGAAUUCACUUUCUCGAAAAUAGACGAAGAUAAGAAAAUGGAAGAUGUAGUUGAAUCUAUCCAGAAAAAAGAAACUAAAAAGCCCAAAAAGCCGAAAGAAGUUUUAGAGAAGCAAGUUGACGUAAAGGAAGAAACACCUUUGUUGGAAGAAAAAACUGAGGAAGCGCCUUUAACUGUUUAUGAGGAAAAAGAAGACGAGAUACCUCAGGAAGAAACCAAGAUUAAAGAGAAAGUUCAGAAACCCAAAACGAAAAAGAAAGAAGAAAGAAAGAAAUCUGUUCAUGAUGAAAGCAAGCCUACCGAAAUGGAAGAGCCAUUACCUUCCGCACCAAUUGAAGAAAUUCAAGACGUUUUAGUAACAGAAGAGCCGACUGAAUUAGAGGAAAAAGUUGCUCCAAUAACUGAAGUAAAAGAGCCUGAAAUUACUGAAGUAACAAAAGUUGAGAAAAAGAAACCAAAACAACCAAAAAAAGUUAAAGACAUUAUUCCUGAAACACUGGAACAAGUCACUGAAACUAUACAAGAAAAAACCCCAGAAGAUAAAACACAUUUGCCACAAGACACUAUAACUGUAUCUGACACAGAGCAGAAAGAUGUCACACCAGAAGAAAAACCAAAACCACACAAAAAACACGUUCCAAGUGAAAAAAUUGAAAAUUAUGACAAUUAUUCUAUUAAUGUGAUUGAAGAAGAAGUUGUAGACCAGCCUAAAGAAAAAUCAAAAUCGAAAUCUGUUAGCUUCGAAGAAGAAGAUAAAAUCGAGCCAUUAGAAGAGGAUAAGCCUUUCCAGGUUAAAUUAAAAUCAAGACCAGAAGAAGUAACCAAAGUCGAAGAGGUACCAAAAGAAGGCAUUAAAAAGAAGAAAACACCAAAACCAAAAGACAGGAAACAUUCACAAGAUGAUAUUAUUAAACAUUUAUUGGAACAAGAAGUUUCAAAAACAGAGCUCGAAAAAUUCGAAAAAUUACAAUUUAGUGAGGUUAAAAAACCGACAAAACCAGGGCUAGAGCAUCUUCUUCCACAAAAAAUUGAAAGAAAACAACAACAGCCUACCAAAUUAGUGAUUUCAGAUGCUCAAGAUGUACCACAACAAGUUAAACUGAAACCAGGAAAACGCCGUGAGGCACCCGAAAUGACUAACGUAACAAUACCUGGUUUUAGGUUAAAGAGCAAGAUAGAAUACGUUCAAAUUCAGCAGCCUGAAAUUCCGAAAUUAAAGAAUAUUGGGUCGGUUCGUCAACAAGGUGAACUGUCAAGAAAUAUGAAAGAAGCUGAAAAAGAACUUGAAAAAUAUUAUAAGAAAUUUAAACCAAGCAAAAAACCCAAGAAAGAAUUGGAAAAGGCAGAAUUAAUGGAAUUCGAACCAAGUCAGAGACCUGUAGAAGAAGCUGAAGAGAAAAUGCAGGAAGAAGAGCCAAUUCCGGAGGAACCAAAAGAGGUUAAAGUUAAAGAAAAGAAAAAACCGAAAGAAGUUCCUAAAAUUACUGAAGUGGAAGACUUUAAAUUUAAAAUAUCAGAAGAAGCUCCUGCACCAGAUGAAUUUAAGGAAGACAAAGUGACCGUAAAAGAGCAUGAAGAACACAAAGUGGAGGAACCUACUGUAAUUGAUCAAAUUCCAGUUAAAGCUUUUGAUCAAGAAAAGCAUGUAGUUGAAGAAAUCGUUGAAGAAAAACCAACAGAAGUUCUACCAGAAAAGCCUACUGAGGAAAAGAAACCGAAACAGAAAAAGCCUGCUGAAAAAGGAAAACCAAAGUCUCCAAAAGAAGAAAAGGUAGAAGUUGUGGUUGAGCAGCCAGAAGAAAAACCGCAAGAAGAAAUUGAAGUUACUGAAGAAGAAAAACUUGAAAAACCAAUUGAAAUUAUAGAGGAACUUAAGCCAUAUGAUAUAUCUGUUAUUGAAACAGAAGAACCUGAUUAUCCCGAUCUUCAAGUUAAAGUUGUUGAUUUCUUUGAAAGAGAUCAUGAGUGGGAAGAGGUUGUAGAAGAACGUGUGUUAACAAAAAAGAAGAAACCGAAAAAGGUUGAGGAAGCUCCGGUUGAACAACAAAUAACGUUACCUAAGGAGAAAUCUCCUGAAACAGUAGAAGCUCAAGUAGAAUAUACAAAGCCAGCGCCUAAAGAAGAAAAACCGGUUGAAGAAUUUGUUGUGCAACAGAAAGAAAUUCCAGAGAAAAUCAAAGAAAUUGAAGAAGACAAAGUGGAAAUACUUGAAGAACAAGUUGCUCCUGUUAUGGAAGAAUAUCCAACAGCAGAAAUACAAGUUUUAGAAAAACAACCAGAGACAGUUGUUCAUGAAACGGAACAAAUUUCUGUUGUUAAAAAAUCGAAAAAAAAACCUGUUGCCCAAGAGCCUGUUGAAGAAGAAGAAGUAGGAUUUAAAAUUAAACAGAAAAAACCAAUUAAAGAAGAACCAGUCGAAGAACCCGCCGCUGACUUUGUGUUAGCAAAAAAACCAGAACCAAAAGUAGAAGAAGCACAAAAUGAAGAAUUCAGUGUUGUAUUGACUCCAAAAAAACCUGAAGAGGUAGCAACUGAAGAAGCUGUUAUCAAGAAGCCUAAACAAAAACCAAAAGUUGUCGAAGAAGAAGAAGUCGUUUUUGAAGUAGUUCGAAAAGAUGAAGCUCCUACUGAAGUAUUCACAGAAGAGCAAGCGGAAGUUCUUCUUAAGCCUAAAAAGGAGAAGAAAAAACCUACUGAAGAAAUCGAGGAGUUUGAAGUUAGCGUAAAAUUAGCUCCAGAAAAACCACAAGAACCGCAACCGGCAGAGGCAGAAUUUAAAAAACCGAAGAAAAAACCAAAGGAUGCACCAGUAGAAGAAGCGAAACUGGAAAUAAAGGUUAAAGAAGAAAUUCCUGCGCCUACUGAAGUUGUAGAAGAAGAACAAGUUGAAGUGGUUCUCAAACCUAAGAAGGUUGAAGAGAAACCAGAAGAAGAAUUUGAAGUGAGUGUUAAAUUAGCUCCAGAAAAACCACAGGAACCACAACCAGCAGAAGCAGAAUUUAAGAAACCUAAGAAAAAACCAAAAGAAGCACCAGUAGAAGAAGCCAAACUAGAAAUAAAGGUUAAAGAAGAAGUUCCAGCUCCUACCGAAGUUGUGGAGGAAGAACAAAUUGAAGUAGUCUUAAAACCUAAGAAGGCUGAAGAAAAACCAGAGGAAGAAUUUGAGGUGAGCGUUAAAUUAGCUCCAGAAAAACCCCAAGAACCUCAACCAGCUGAAGCAGAAUUUAAGAAACCUAAAAAGAAGCCAAAGGAGGCACCAGUAGAAGAAGCGAAAUUGGAAAUAAAGGUUAAAGAAGAAGUUCCAGCUCCUACCGAAGUUGUGGAGGAAGAACAAAUUGAAAUAGUCUUAAAACCUAAGAAGGUUGAAGAAAAGCCAGAGGAAGAAUUUGAGGUGAGCGUUAAAUUAGCUCCAGAAAAACCCCAAGAACCUCAACCAGCUGAAGUAGAAUUUAAGAAACCUAAAAAGAAGCCAAAGGAGGCACCAGUAGAAGAAGCGAAAUUGGAAAUAAAGGUUAAAGAAGAAGUUCCAGCUCCUACCGAAGUUGUGGAGGAAGAACAAAUUGAAGUAGUUUUAAAACCUAAGAAGGUUGAAGAAAAACCAGAGGAAGAAUUUGAGGUUAGCGUUAAAUUAGCUCCGGAAAAACCACAAGAGCCUCAACCAGCUGAAGCAGAAUUUAAGAAACCGAAAAAGAAACCAAAAGAGGCUGCAGUUGAAGAAGUUAAAUUGGAUAUCAAACGGGAAGAAGAAGUUCCAGUUCAAGAUGAAAUAAUUGAAGAGGAAGAAGUUGAAGUUUUGUUAAAACCAAAAAAGAAAGUCAAAGAAACACCUGAAGAACAAAUUGAAGAUACCGAGAUAAGCAUUAAGUUAGCUCCCGAAAAGCCCCAAGAACCUCAACCGGCAGAAGUUGAAUUCAAAAAACCAAAGAAAAAGCCAAAAGAAGAAGUUGUGGAAGAGGUUAAAUUGGAUAUCAAACGGGAAAUAGAUGUUCCAGCACCGACUGAAGAAAUAGAAGAAGAGCAUGUUGAUAUUGUGUUGAAACCCAAGAAAAAGGUGCCUAAGACAGAAGAAAUAGAAGAUUCCGAUUUUACAGUUGAACUAAAGAGAGCUCCAGUAAAAGGUGAGGAUAUUGAUGUGCAAGAGGCUGUCAUACAAAAACGUAAACCAAAACCGAUACAAGUUGGGGAAGAAGCUGCAGCAUUAAAAAUUAGACGUGAAGAAGAGGUACCUGAUGAUGAAGGGGACGCUGAAGAAACUGUGGUAGUUAGUAGGAAACCGAAAGCAAUAAAACCGUCUAUCGAAGAACUAGAAGAAGAAGGUGUUAACAUAGCAAUUCGAAGAAAAUCAGUACUAGUUGAAGGCGUUGAAGAGGCUGCCAAAGUUGUAAUGCGACGCCCAUCAAAAAUGAUCCCUGUGGUUGAUGAAGAAGGUGCAGAACUAUCCAUUAAACGAAUGCAAGACGUUGAAGAAACGGAGGAUGUUGAAGAAUUUCGUAUAAGCAAAAAGAAAAAACCAAUUAUUGAGCCAGAAUCAUACGAUGAAGUUAGUUUGUCUAUGCGCAGGCCUUCAGUCAUAAACGAAGGUGUAGCCGAAGCCGCAACUAUUAAAAAACCCCAUAAAAUUAUCAAAAAAGAUAUGGGUGAAGAAAACGCUGAGCUUGUUAUAAAAAGAAUUGAAGAAGUACCUGAUGAUUUACUAGGAGUUGAAGAAAUCAUUAUUUCGGCUCCGGAGAAACCGCGGAAGAAGCAAUAUAUAGAAGAAGAAGAACAGGAAGUCAAGUUGAAAAAACCGAAGAAAAAGGAUAUUCCUGAAGAAGUAAUUGGUGUUGAAGAAGUUAUGUUAAAACCAAAGAAAGAGAAAAAGAAGCCAAAGGAGGAAAUUAAUGAAUCCUUUAAUAUUGCAUUGGAGUCUUAUUCUGAGGAGGAAAUUUCAAUAUCAGAUAAAGUAAAAUUGAAAAAACCACAUAAGAAAACUUACGACGAAGAAAGUGAAGAGAUUUCAAUAAAAGUUAUAAAAGAAAUUGCUGAUGAUGGUAAAGGACCUAUUAUACAAGAAGUUUUAGGCGACAGUGAUGAAGAAGGUGAUAAUACAAUGUAUGAUGUGGAGGAACCAGAAGAAUACAUGUUCGCUGAAGAUUUACCGAAGGAUAUUAAUGUAACACUCAAGAGUAAAAAGCAAGUUCCCAGUUAUUCAGUACAAGAAGAGGAGGAAGAAGCUCUUGUUUUGAAAAAACCUAAAUCAUACGAAAAAGCACCAGAUGAGGAGGAUUCGUUGGACAUUCAGCAAAGAAGAAAACCAUUCGGAAAGAAAUUAGACGAAGAAGCGGCAACUCUCAAAAUAAGGAAAGAAAUGCCGGUUGUUGAAUCUGGUGAUGCUGAAAUUAUGCAAGCCGUUUGCACUUAUAUUGCUGAUAAUGACGAAUCAUUGGACUUGGUUGAAGGUGAAAAGGUUUACGUAUUAAAUAAACAAAAUGAAGAUUGGUGGCUGGUUAAGAAAUAUUUAACAGACGAAAAAGGUUGGGUACCGUCACAAUAUCUAAUGAAUCCGGAUGAUUAUCUUGAACUUGUUCAAAACAAGUUAUAUUCUAAAAUUGACAAACUACCUGUGUUUGAAAGACCUGCACCUAAUGAGAAGACAAUGGCACCACGAUUUAUUGAAAAAUUGCAACCUAUACAUACUCCUGAUGGUUAUACUGUUCAAUUUGAAUGUAAAGUUGAAGGUAUACCAAGACCACAAAUUACAUGGUUCCGACAGGCAGCCAUUAUUAAGCCUUCAUCUGAUUUCCAAAUGUACUAUGAUGAAGAUAAUGUUGCAACAUUAAUUAUACGUGAGGUAUUUCCUGAAGACGCAGGAAUGUUUACAUGCGUUGCUAAGAAUACUGUAGGUUUUGCGUCAAGUACAACAGAGCUGAUUGUGGAAACACCACUAUCUGAUCACGGCUCAGAUGCAACAUGUUUGUCAAGAAGAAGUCUUUCAAGAGAAUCGUCUUUAGCUGAUAUAAUUGAAGGCAUUCCACCAACAUUCUCACGUAAACCAAAAGCAAUAAUAGUUGAUGAAGGUGAAACAGCAAUCUUGGAAUGUCGUCUGGUAGCUGUACCAGAACCUGAAAUAAUUUGGAAAUUUAAUGGAAAGGAAGUUAAAAAAGAAGACAACGUUUCUGUGGUAGUAGAAUCUGAUAUGCACAUGUAUUGUACAAUAGUCCAUAUUAAAAAUGUCAAAAAAUCGCAAGAGGGUACUUAUGAAGUUAUUGCUAGAAAUCGUGAAGGUGAAACUAUAUUACCAGUUAUAUUAAAAGUGAAAACGAAAAAGAAAGAAGCGCCUCAAAUUUUAGAACCAUUGAAAAACACUGUGAUCAAAGAGGGUGAAUCUGUAGUUUUGACAACUCAAAUAUUUGGCAAUCCAACCCCUAAAAUUACAUGGUAUAAAGAUGGAAAAGUUUUAAAGACUGACAAAGCUGAUAUUAAAGCCGACAAAGAUACACAUUCCUUAACCAUUAUUUCACCAAAAUUAGGUGAAAAGGGUGAAUACGUUGUUAAAGCAGUUAACGAGUUAGGAACAGCUGAGACCUCAGCUUUCUUGACAAUCGAAGCUGCGCCAAGUGAAGGUGGUGAGCCACCUCUUUUCAUUGAACGUUUUGAGGAACAACUUGUCCCUAUUGGUGGUGCUAUUCGUCUACUAGCUAAAGUAAGCGGUAAUCCGGUUCCAGAAAUUGCCUGGCUCUAUAAUAACCAACCAUUAUAUUCAACUGAAAAAAUUCAGUUAAAAUAUGAUGGUGAAAAUAUAGAGUUGAUUAUUAAAAACGCUAAUCCAGAGGAACAUUCAGGUGAUUAUAAAUGUGUGGCAACCAAUCCUUUAGGAAAAAUAACACACGGAGCAAGAGUUGUAGUAGAAGUUGAAGAGGUUACCUUUACUAAACAACUAAAGAGCAAAAUCACUAUUGAAGAAUCUCAAACUCUUACUCUCGAAUGCGAAACUUCCCAUAUUGUCCCGACUAAGUGGUAUCAUAAUGAUAAAGAGCUUACAGGUAUGGAUCAUAGAGUUGUUUUAGAGGAAGGAAAAGUCCAUAAAUUAUUAAUUAAGACAACAACAUUGAAAGACCAAGGUGAAUAUAAAUGUGAUGUCAAAAAGAAAGAAACUAAGUCGGUUGUGACUGUUUUGGAAAGAAAACCUGAGUUUUUGAGACCACUUGAAGACAUUGAAGUAAAUGAAGGUGAAACAGCAAUAUUAGAAGUCGAAGUUUCAUCAGAAAACGCUCAAGUAACAUGGCAUAAAGAUUUAGAAGAAAUAACUAAAGAAAAUAAAAAUGUCGAAAUUAUAAGUGAAGGCCGUAUUAGAAGAUUAAAAAUCAAAAAGUCAACAGUUUUCGAAGAUGGUGAAUACACUUGCAAAUUGGGAGAUGAUCAAGAAUGUUCUUCUUACUUGACAGUAAUUGAAAAACCCCCACAAAUUGUGAAACAUAUGGACGAUACUACAGUUACCAGAGGUAAUAAAGCUCAAUUUGAAAUUGAGCUUACAAAGGGUGACGCACUUGUUAAGUGGUUUAAAGAUGGUAAAGAGUUGAAAAUAUCUGACCACGUACAAUUAAGUAUCGAUGGAAAGAAACAAAAACUGAAAAUAUAUGACACAUUGACAGAAGACGCAGGUGAAUAUAUGUGUGUCGUUGGGGAACAAAAAUCUAUUGGUAAAUUAACAGUAGAGGAGCCAGCGGUUGAAUUUAUAGCAAAACUACCACCUGUCACAAUUGGAACAGAUAACAAAGAUGUUGAAUUUGUUGUUAAGUUAUCUAAACCAGAUGUUGAAGUAGAAUGGACCAUGAAUGGGAAAAAAGUAAAACCAAGCAAAAAGCAUGAAAUAUUUGUUGAGGGCACGGUUCGCAGAUUGGUAAUUCAUAAUGCUAAACCUGAAGAUGAAACAGUAUAUAAAUGUGCUACUGGUAAUGUUUCAACUGAGACUACGUUGAAAAUUGAGAAACCACAAAAUCCACCAACGAUUCUUUCUCAUGAACCCGUUUAUAAGGUAAAAGAAAACAAUGAUGUCACAUUCACAGUUAAAUAUGCUGGCGAUCCUACUCCAGAAGCCACUUGGUGUAAUGCUAGCGCAACUAUUAUUAAGAAAACAAAAAGGACAGAACCAGAGAUAACCGAAGAAUUCGCCAAAUUGACAAUUCGUAAAGUUGUUUUUGAAGAUGAGGGUGAAUACACACUUAAGCUAAAGAAUCCAAAUGGUGAAGUCGAAACCAGCUUAACUCUAAAGGUUAUACGUCGACCGGAUGCACCGGGUGCACCGCAAAUUUUAGAAACUGCAAGUGAUUCUUUAACAUUGUUCUGGACUCCACCAGAAAAUGAUGGAAAUUCUGAAAUUAUUGAAUAUAUUUUGGAGUACCAAAAUGUUAAAGAAGAAAAAUGGACAAGUGUUACAAAAAUAAAAGAAAAUACUCAUAUUGUUACAAAGUUGCAACAAAAUAUUGAAUAUAUAUUUAGAGUUAAGGCUGUCAACGAAGUUGGUGAGUCACCACCAUCCCCAACUUCUGAGAAAGUUAAAUUAGGUAAACCUAUUCCGGCUAGUGAAAAACCAACAGUUAAACAAGGUUUAAGUGAUAUUAUAAGUCCACUUGAUAAAGAAGUUAUACUUUCCUGUGUGUUUGGUGGUGUUCCAGAACCAUCAGUUAAAUGGUAUAAAAAUAAGAAAGAAAUUACUACACAAAAGACAAUUACAUAUGAAAAUCGUACAGCUCGAUAUAUAAUUGAAAAGACUGAAAUUUCUACAGAAGGCACAUAUACUUGUGUAGCAGAAAAUGUUGCAGGAACAAUUGAAACUUCAUGUAACGUUACAAUUCAAGAAAAACCACAACUAGAUGUAUCUGAAGAUCACAAAGUACAAAGAAUUCAAGCUGGUAAAAAUUAUGAAGUACCUGUUAAAGUCAAAGGCUAUCCACAACCAACAAUUGUGUGGACAAAAGAUGAUAAAGAAGUUAAAACAACUGAACGUAUAAUUAUUAAAGAAACUGUAGAAAAAACGACAAUUUCAAUUAAUAGUUUACGUCGCGAAGAUUCCGGUAUUUAUACUAUAACUGCGACAAAUAAAGCUGGUACAACAUCUGUCAGUGUUACUUUAACGAUUAUUGAUAAGCCUUCCAGGCCAAACUCUUUGGAAAUAACAUCAAUUCUAAAAGAUGCAGUAAGUUUGGAAUGGACACCACCUAUUGACGAUGGUGGUUUAGAAAUUGAAAAAUACAUUUUAGAAAAAUGUGACAAGGACAAUAAUGUCUGGAUUAAAGUAUCAGAAUUUGAAAAAGAUAUUAGAUCAUUCUGUGUUCAAAAAUUAAAUGAAAAUUCACAAUACAUUUUUAGAGUUGUUGCUUGUAAUCCGGUUGGUAUAUCAGAACCAACUGAAAGUGAAACAAUUAAAGUAACAAAACCAAAAGAAAAACCAUCACCUCCAAGAGGUCCAUUAACAAUAUGCGGUUCGAACGAUACAUCGUUUACAUUAGCUUGGGAACCGAGUGAGAAGGAUGGUGGUAGCAAAAUUAUUGAAUACAUUGUAGAAAUGACAGAAAAAGUUAACAACAAAUUUACACUCAAAGGAUCAACAAAAGAGAAUAGAACAAAUUUGGUUAUUGAUAAACUGACAAUUAAUAAGACCUAUAAAUUUAGAAUUUAUGCUAAAAAUGAAGUUGGAACUAGUGAAUAUUAUGAAGAUGAAGUAUUAUUUGAAAAACGUCUAACUGGAGAUAAAGAAAAAUUAGCUCCACCAUCACCACCAAAUAAUCUUAGAUCAACAGCUAUUACAAAUCGUAGUAUCACAAUUGAAUGGGAACCACCAUCACAUAAUGGAGGUUCUGAGAUAACAGGAUACGUAAUCGAAAAGAAAUCAUCAACAUCAAAAUCAUGGCAAAAAGUUAUUACACUUGAUAGCCAUUAUCUUUCAUAUACAAUUGAUAAUUUAAAGGAAAGAACCGAAUAUUUAUUAAGAGUGUCAGCUGAAAAUGAAAUUGGUGUUGGUCCUCCAGCACAAACAGCACCAUUAUCACUUAAGACACACGCAACCGUACCAUCACCGCCAACUGGCCCAUUAGAAGCAAGAGAUAUUGCUUCAAAUGCAAGCUUGUUUGAAUGGGGUAUUCCAGAAUCUGAUGGUGGAUCACCAUUACUUGGUUAUAAUAUAGCGAUACGUGAUACUAAAAAGACAAUGUGGAUGGAAGUUGGUCGUGUACCAGUUGAUGUACAGAAAUUCCAAAUUAGAGACUUACAAGAUGGUCAUGAAUAUUUAAUAAGAAUUUAUGCUAGAAAUGAAAUUGGUUUAAGUGAACCAUUAGAAUCUGAAGAACCAUAUAAAGUUGUUUAUUCUGGUAAAGAAGCUCUUCCGGAUGAACCACGUACUGAACGUUCCGGAUUUAGUACAGAGAAUACAUCUUCAUGGCUAAGAGAACACAAUAUGGAUGCUGAUAUUUCAUCAUAUGCUAGAGCGAAAUUGCUAAGAAAAGAUGAAUAUUUCUUCCGAAUCAAAACUAAACUUAAACCUAAAACUACAAAGAAAAAAGAUGAUAAAAAAUAAAUAAUUCUGAGAAAGAAAAAAAAAAUUGUAUAAAAAAAGGAGGGAAAAUGCGAUCUAUUCUAGAUUAAGACAUUUAAUAGUUGUAUUUAUUUUUCCAUAUUUUUUAAUUACACCUAGAUUUAAUUUAUUAAAAAUUGAAAAAAUUUAAAAGAAAAUAUUAACUACUAUAAAAUAAUUCUCAUAAUAAUUUUUUGAUAAGCUUUGUACAUUUUCUUAAUUGACAGUUAAUUUGUACAAUAAUUUAUAUUAAAACUGAAUGUUUUAAAAUUUUAAAACAAUUUUAUUAAGAAAAACUUAAAAAUUAAUUUAAAAAAAAGAAAAAAGAAAUUAUAAUUAUUUGAAAUGUAAAAUUAAUAUAUUUAAUAAAUUUUUAUAUUUAGAAAUUAUUUGAAAUUGGAUAACAUAUUAAAUUUUAAAUUUUUUAUAUUAAUAAAUUAAGCGAGCGAAGAAAAUUUUUAUUUAAUAGGCUUAUCUAAUUUUAAAUAAUUUCUUUUGAUAAAAAUUUAUUUUAAUAAUUUUAUUGCUAUUUUACAUGUGUCUGUCUUAUUUUUUUUUUUGGCUGUGAUAAAACUCAUUAAACCACAAGUCAACGACGAAUUAAUUAAAUUAAAUUAACAAAAAAAAAAUGAAUUUUAAUAAAAAUGUCUAAAUGAUAAUUAAACUAAAUCAAAUUAACUUAAAAAAAAAAUGAAUUAAUAUAAAAAAUUUUAAUAAAAUUUUUACUUAGCUAAAAAAAAAAAACAAUUUACUAAUAAUGACGCUAAAAGUGAAAAAUUAGAAUUACGAGUAAGAAAAAUUAAUUGAAAUUUCAAUUUCGGUAAUUAACGAAACAUCAACAUAUUUUUUUGUUUUUAAAUCUUUAUUUAAAUUUAUUUUUUGUUGGGAGACAAAAUAUAGGUGCAAAUUCAUUAAACGAUAAACAAUAUCAUUUUUAAUAAUUAAAAUAAUACCAAAAUAAUUAUUAUUGAUAAAAAAAAAAGAAAGUUGAUUUAUUAAAUUACCAAAAAUUUUUUUCUUAUUUUUAAUUCUUUUUUUUCAUAUUUAAUUAAUAAAAUAAACUGAAAAACUAAUAAAAUCGAAAUAUUUAUAAUUAAAAACAAUGAAAUAAAUUAAAGAGAAAAACUGUA